AGACCCGAAUAGUAAGCAAACCGAGUCCGAUAAUCCGGUUAGUCAGCCCGAUCAAUCAUCCACUUCCGUACCUCCGCAGGAGCCACAAUCAGCAACGCCAAACGCUUACCGUAACCCGGCGCCAUCGCCUCCACCGAUCCAAUCUUACGCUCCUCCACUUCCAAUCUCGAUGCCUCCGACGGCACUGUCGUACCGUCCGGUGACGAUCCCGGCGGUGCCGCAGUUGUCUCCCGUUCAAAAUUUCCAAAAUACUAGCGUGCAGCCGCCGGGCGUGGGCGUUAGUGGUGGCGUCGCGGUUACGAUGGCGCCGCCAAUGAUGUCUUACCAUGUUGUCUCAGGUCAGGUUCCGAAUCCAGCGCUUAGACCUUACGCACCGAUGCCGAAUGGAUACGGUGUUGUUCGCACACUUGCUCCGGUGUCAUGAUUGAGUACACGGUGAUAAAGGUUGGGAGGCUUCAAUGUUGCUUAAGAGAACCACUUCCACAACCUCUUUUUGCAGCAGACUAUGUUAGCAACUGAGUGAUCGUUGGCCUUUUAUUCUAAGGUAUUGCAAAUUCUUUUACUUAACGUUUCUCUUUCUCUUUCUUUGCCUUCUUCAUGCUGCACAUUGGGCUUCUAACAGUUGCGAUAAAUUUAAAUGGCCACAUACACAAGCAUAGAUUUGUGUAUUAAUUCACCUAUGAGCAUGAGUUGCUGGAAAACUCUCAUUAUGCUAUUUCAAAAUUGUGCAAUUGGUGCAUGGGAUAGUGACACACUGCUACUUAACACAUGGAUGCAAAAGGUAAGCGUCUUCAUAUAUUCAUGCUUAUGAAUUCGAUGCUGUUCUCUCAAUGUUACCUUCAGGUUAUCUGUUCAGCUGAUGAUAGUUGUCAUGCCUGUGGUGCCAUCUCUAAUAUGCAUUUAAUGUGUGGUAACAGCAUUUAAUUAUAUUUUUGAAGUUUUUAGUUGCUGAGAAAACAAUUGUGACUGGUUUUUUAUUUUUUUGUAAACUUCUCUUACAUAUUUGCAUAGAUGUUUGUUUCCAUUUAUUUAGGUCUUCCUCGGUAUCCUGCUCCAUACCCAGCAAUGGUCCGGCCUGUAUUUCCUCCACGUCCUCCAGGACCUGUUGGAGUGCUUCCAGGAGUGGCGCGUCCCCCUGUUCCAGGGAUUGCUGGUGUUCGCCCAAUUAUUCCUCCAGUUGUUAGGCCAACAGGUUUUCCCGUUGGUACACCAGCAGAGAAACCCGAAACUACUGUUUAUGUUGGCAAGAUAGCAUCAACUGCAGAUAAUGAUUUUAUGCUCUCUCUUCUUCAGGUAUGUGGACCUGUCAAAAGCUGGAAACGUCCUCAGCAUCCCUCAAAUGGAACCCUUAAAGGCUUUGGGUUCUGUGAAUUUGAGUCUGUUGAAGCGGUUCUUCGUGCAUUACGACUGCUCAGUAAAUUUAACAUUGAUGGGCAGGAAUUAAUGUUAAAUGUUACUCAAGCAACAAGAGAUUAUCUGGAGCGAUAUGUUGAGAAGAAAACUGAAAACACAAAGAAACUCAGGGAAACUCAAGAUGCAGGGUCUGAGAAAGAGGAUGGAAGCGUGCAAGGUGUUGAGAAAAAUGAUCCUCCUAAAGCCUCGGAAGACUUGAAGAAGGACAGUGAAGCUGGAGAAAAAAAAAAUCAUGAUAAUUCCAACUUUGGGAUUGUGACUGAUGAGGAUAGGGAAGCUGACCAAGAGGCUAUGGAGAAGCUUAAAAGCAUGAUUGAAGAUAGGUUAAAGGCCAAUCCUCUGCCUCCAGCCCCUGUUCAAUCAACUCUUGAUGGUUCUGGAAGUUCAAACUCAGAAUUGCCAGUUAAAAUUAGGGAUGGAGACUCUGAUGUGGAUAUACCCAGAAAUGAUGUAGCUGAAGAUAAAAUUGAUGAUGAGACAGCUAGUGAUACCAAAGCAACUAGUGAACAUGAUAGGCCUGAGACAAGCUCACCUGAUAGGAGUAGGACAUAUGAUAGCAGAAGUAGAGAUAGAGACAGAGAGCGAGGUCUAAAACGAGAGAAGGAACGGGAAAUUGAUAGAUACGAAAGGGAAGCAGAGCGAGAACAUGUUAGGAAAGAGAGAGAGCAAAGAAGGAAGAUUGAGGAGUUUGAACGUGAGUAUGAAAGGUGUCUAAAAGAUUGGGAGUACAGGGAAAGAGAGAGAGAAAAAGAGAGACAGUAUGAGAAAGAGAGGGAGAAAGAGAGGGAACGCAAACGGAAGAAAGAAAUCCUUUAUGGUGAAGAAGACGAGGAUGAUGAUUCACGGAAAAGAUGGCAUAGGAGUGUGUUAGAGGACAAGAAAAGGAAAAGGUUGAGAGAAAAGGAGGAUGAUUUCAGUGACAAAAUUAAAGAAGAGGAAGAAAUUGCUAAGGCUAAGAAGAGGGCUGAGGAGGAACAGCUGCAGCAGCAACAAAGAGAUGCAUUGAAGCUUUUGUCGGGCCAUGGAUCAAAUGGAACUGAAAAUCCUUCGUCUGCUGAAGAAUCUGGUGUUGAGACCAAAGAUAAAAUUGCUGUUGGGCAGGAUUAUGAUGGUUAUUCUAUUCAUGAAAAUCAUGUAGCAGGUGAUGAAGUUUUACAAAAUGGUACUGGUGAUGAAUCAACGAAUGCAUCUGUUUCUUCAUUGGAUAUGUGGCAUAGCAGUAAUGCCCCAGCAAGAAAAUUGGGUUUUGGUCUUGUUGGCUCUGGCAAACGAACUGCUGUUCCUUCUGUCUUCCAUGAAGAGGAUGAUGAUGAUGCAGAGCAGGAGAAAAAGAUGAGGCCCCUGGUUCCCAUUGAUUACUCCACUGAGGAACUGCAGGUGUCCCGACCUAUUGCUUCUGGAGCAAACCAGCCAAAUUUGGCAGCAGCAGCAGAAUUUGCCAAGAGCAUUUCAAACGUUAAUUCCAAAGAAGAGAACCCUGGUACUGACAGAGAAAGAAGUAGGCGUUCUCAUAAUAGGUCAAGCCAGCAUGAGAAGGACCGGAGUGCUGAGGAUAGUAGUCGCUCCAGAGAUGAGAACAAAGAGAAGAUUCUUGAUCGGGAUAGAGAUUGGGAAAAUGGGUUAGACAAGGUGAAGACACCUGAUAACAAAAAACUUUUAGAUGCCAAACAAUUGAUUGAUAUGAUCCCUAAGACAAAAGAGGAGUUGUUUGCCUACGAGAUAAAUUGGGCUGCUUAUGACGAGCAUAAGCUGCAUGAGAGAAUGAGACCAUGGAUUUCAAAGAAGAUAAGAGAGUUUUUGGGAGAAGAGGAAACCACUCUGGUAGACUAUAUUGUAUCCAGUACUCAAGAACAUGUAAAGGCAUCUCAAAUGCUAGAGUUACUGCAAACUAUUUUAGAUGAGGAAGCUGAAAUGUUUGUGCUAAAGAUGUGGAGGAUGCUUAUCUUCGAAAUUAAGAAGGUAGAGACAGGUCUUGCAUUGAGGUCAAGAUCUUGAAAGGGUCUGUCUUUGAAAUGUUCCUGCAUAGCUGUGGGAUAGAGUCGUGUUAUUUUUGAAAAUUCGUUCCUAUUUUCCAAGUCAUCUCCCGUCUAUUACAGCAGUGAAACAUGGAUUGCAGGAAUAGAAUUUUCAUAUCAAGAAAUGAACCAAGUUUUGUACUGGAACCAGAGUUGUAUGUGCAUUUAGAAAAUGAGCGUAGUCUUAGUUGUUGAUUGUACCUUCGAUGAUUCACUUGGUGGAUAUUCUCUGCAAUAACGGUGGCAUUCAUUGUUCA